GGUUCCUGAGGUCCAAGGAGUUCAGUUGGUGGCUGUGCUGUGGACCCGGCCUGGCCGGCAGGAAGUGCCCAGUAAACGUCAGCUCACUAAAUAUUAGAAUGUUGGAAUGUGUCUAAUUUUAUGGUCCACAUUUGGGAACUUCUAGACAAGACUAUCUCUCAAGUUUCUUCCCUGGCAUUCUGUGUUUCUGGUUGUAGAGGAAGAAGUGAAAUAUGGUUUUGUUGUUCUCCAAAGCUGUCUCUUGUGAGGACCUUGACUAAGCUGUGUAAUUUUUAUGUCCUAAAGGGAAGAGAGGCACAGAAUUGCAGAUUUCCAGGAUGUCCUGAAGGAGCCCUCAAUUGCUUUGGAAAAGCUGCGGGAACUCAGCUUUAGUGGCAUCCCCUGUGAGGGCGGACUGCGGUGCCUCUGCUGGAAGAUUCUCUUGAACUACCUUCCCUUGGAGAGAGCCUCAUGGACCUCUAUCCUGGCCAAACAGAGGGAGCUGUAUGCCCAGUUCCUGAGGGAAAUGAUCAUCCAGCCUGGCAUUGCCAAGGCCAACAUGGGUGUGUCCAGGGAGGAUGUGACUUUUGAGGACCACCCACUCAACCCCAACCCUGACAGCCGGUGGAACACAUACUUCAAGGACAACGAGGUGCUGUUGCAGAUCGACAAAGAUGUCCGGAGGUUGUGCCCAGACAUUUCCUUCUUCCAGAGGGCCACUGAGUACCCUUGCCUCCUCAUCCUGGACCCCCAGAAUGAGUUUGAAACCCUUCGUAAGAGAGUGGAACAGACUACACUGAAAUCUCAGACAGUGGCCCGGAACCGGAGUGGGGUCACAAAUAUGAGCUCCCCACAAAAGAACUCUGUGCCAUCAUCCCUAAAUGAGUAUGAAGUGCUGCCCAAUGGUUGUGAGGCCCACUGGGAGGUGGUGGAGCGGAUCCUGUUCAUCUAUGCCAAGCUGAACCCUGGCAUCGCUUACGUGCAAGGCAUGAAUGAAAUCGUGGGGCCCCUCUACUACACCUUUGCCACCGACCCCAACAGUGAGUGGAAAGAGCACGCCGAGGCAGACACCUUUUUCUGCUUCACCAACCUCAUGGCCGAGAUCCGGGACAACUUCAUCAAGAGCCUAGAUGACUCGCAGUGUGGCAUCACCUACAAGAUGGAGAAGGUUUACUCCACCUUGAAGGAUAAGGAUGUGGAGCUCUACCUGAAACUGCAAGAGCAGAACAUCAAGCCCCAGUUCUUCGCCUUCCGCUGGCUGACACUGCUGCUGUCCCAGGAGUUCUUGCUGCCUGAUGUCAUCCGCAUCUGGGACUCCCUCUUCGCCGAUGACAACCGCUUUGACUUCCUCCUCCUCGUCUGCUGCGCCAUGCUCAUGCUGAUCCGGGAGCAGUUGCUGGAAGGGGACUUCACUGUGAACAUGCGGCUGCUGCAGGACUACCCCAUCACAGAUGUCUGCCAGAUCCUGCAGAAAGCCAAGGAGCUCCAAGACUCAAAGUAACCCGCGGCAAGAGGCCCAUGUUCGGGAGAGAAGCCACCCGACCCUGUGCCCUGGCUCACGGGACACACAGAAACCUGUAGGAACCCAGCCUGAGGGGAAACCGCAGGGUUGGCCCGAGUCCCAGGCAGUGCCCGCUGGGGACACACUGUGCUGUGCUCCUUCUUCUGCCACCACGCCCAGCUCCCCGCCUGCCCUGCACCCUGCCCUCUUUGCCCAGGAUACUGAGCAGGGCCGAAGCUCGGGAAGUUGUCCUUCCCGGGCCAGGGCCAUUUCCGGCACUGGGAGGCUCCCAGCGGCCCCCUCCCUGCCUCGGCUCUGCUGCCCCAGCCUCGGUUCCUGCUUCUGGUCUUUUCCUGGGCUCCGGUCAGGGGAGGUGCUUGGCCAGUGGGCCAGAAACCGCUUCUGAGUGGGGUGCUUCACAGGGAAGGCAACACUGAAAGCAGAGGCCUGCCAUCUCUCUCACCCACAGAUGUCUGUCUGUAGUCGGUUGGUGUGGACGUGGGCCCAAGUCCCCAGGCGUCUCCUCCCCGCGUAUGUGUGUGUGAGGGGGUGAGGGUCUCUCAGGCCUCCAGGUCUCCCAGCCCCUCCUUCUCUGUCUCUACCUCUCUGCCUGUCUCCUUCCGCCUCCUUCCCAGAGUGGGACUAUGUCUUGCUCCAUGUUUCCUCUGUCCAUUACUCUCCCUGCCCUUCUCUGUUGGGGUGCCUUAUCCUGAGCCGCCUCCUCUCCCUGCUUCCCUCUGCUCCCCUGAACCUGGGAGACAGAUGAGAAGACUGGCUCAGCAAGGCCCCUGGAGGUCAAGCUUGGCCUUUGCCUCCUGUUCCCAUCCCCCAGCCCCAGGCUCCUGGGUCCCCCCGACUGCGAGGGAGCCCUCCGUGCCUCACUUAGAGGGUUCUGAACCCGUUCCCUACACAGAAAUCUUGGAAACCAAAUGCUGCUGAGUAAGAAUGAAGCUUUGAGCUUCCUGCCCCUGUGCUCUGCCCAGGGAGGGAGAAGGAAGAGGGGGAGCUGGUUUUUCUGGAGGUUCUCCCAGAGGCCCUCCUGUCCCAAAAGAAAAGGACCUUGAUUCUGAGCCCAGGGUCGGAACCUGUUGCUUCAGAAGAGUUGUCAUUUCCUCGGCUUCCAGGUCCCAACCCAGGGUGGGUGAGUCCCACAAAGGACAAGUGGGGCCUGAGGAAGCUUCUCUGGGGCCGGGGGUAGCUGCGCUUAAAGGCCUUGGGUCCUGCCAGUACCAGGAGGGCUAUGUCUGUGCUUCUGUGUAUCCCUCCACCCUCUGCGGACUGAGGGAGGUGCAGGGCCUUCUCUGACCCCUGCCUGAGCUGUUCCCAGGGCUGGGGCAGGUAUACCCUGAGCAGGGGCAGCUGGCCGCUCCCAGUUCUCACCAAGUCACCUCCCUCCUUGUACAAGGUUUGCGUCCGGAAGCCAGGUGCCAUAGUGAGUACCCUUGUCCUCCAGACUGGCUGGCAGGAGUCAGGCCCCAGCAGCCCUCCUGCCCCCAAAGCCUUCCGAGUCUGGUGGGCAGGACUUCUCGCUGCCCUCCCAAGCCUGGCUGUGGGCCAGAAACGGCUUCCCCAGGUGGCUCUUCUACCAGGCUUUUCCUUGGAUGCCACCUGGAUUUCUGCACCUGCGCAGUAUUUGGGAGACUUUGACUAUUUAUUCAGACUCCUGGCUAUGUAUUGCACAUUGGUGAGUGCUCUGGGGAUGAGGCGUGGGUGUAGGAAGUUAGAAAGGAGUUGGAGACAAGAUCCUCUUCAUUUUCCAAGAUCAAAGUCAGCCUCUUCUCCCCAUGCUUCUAGGACCUGCCUGAUUUUCCAGCAGGUCCUGGCUGGGUGGGCUCUUGAGUUCCGUACUGGAAUUGAGUGUAAAGGUGGGAAGAGAACUAGGCUGACUCCAGGACCUCCAGGAUGAGGCAGAGACAUGAUGCUUCCUGCCGGCCUGGGCCACCCUCUCUCCAGUACUUGUCAGCUGGUGGUUCAGCCCCUCCUCCAACCCCUUCACAACCUUGGGCCACUGCCUGGGACCCAGCAGACAUUGCCCAGGACUCCUAGUGCACUCACUCUUGUCUGCGCCCGCCUUCCUCCUGGGACCACACUACUUCACUGCCCAGGACUCCUAAUGCACUCGCUCUUGUCUGCGCCCGCCUUGCUCCUGGGACCACACUACUUGAAUCACCGUCUGAUUUGCUUCGCUGGCAGAGUUGGGUCAAGUGCCCUCUCCUUUGCCUUGAGAUGAAAGUCAAGAGCACAGGGACCAGGCCUUGGUUAGGCUGAGCUCCCAGCAGGAUACCGCCUGCAGAAAGGACCUGCCCUGACAGUGACCCUUCCCCAGAUUCUCAAGCAGAUGCCCAAGGGAGGUUCCCACAGAACCAGAGUGCCUGAGGCUUCCUGCUUGAGAACCUGCCCCCUGGAUCUUGGACACUUACAGAUUGAGCUGUAUGAAUUCAGUGGGUCUCACUCCAGAGGGUCAGAACGUUUGCUUUAGUUUUUUAUCUGUUUUGUUCCUUGAGUCAGUGCUGUUGAUGACGAGUUGUCUUGAAUAAAUCAUGUGUUCUUUGCAAUGGG